CUGAAGUUGUAACGGAAUGGGCCCAUAAACGACAACGUUGUGAGAGAAGAUGAAAAAAAAAAGAAGAAACAGAGGUGUAGUAAGCCUAGGGUUUAAGUUCACUGCUCGAACAACCUCACUAAUGGCGGACGAGUCGGCUCCCCAGGUCCCAACGGAACACGAACCGAAACCGGAAGCCGCCGCCGAUACGGUGGUGCCGGCGGAGGAGAAUUUCGAAGACGGUGGCUCGAAGCGCGCCAGAGAGGAAGAAGUGGAGCCGGACGAAAAGGGAGAGAAAAAAGCGAAAAUUGAGGAUGCGAAGACCGUCGAGAGCUCGGGAGACGGUAAUGGGAAAAUGGAGAAGGAUGUGAAGGGAUUGGGUCGUGCCACAGUCGGCCCGAAAACGUUCGGGUCGUCCGUGGAGAUCUUUGAUUACUUCUAUAAGCUUCUUCAUGCUUGGCCGACUAAUCUCAACAUUAACAAGUAUGAACACAUAAUGCUGCUGGAACUCCUCCAGAAGGGCCACACAGAUGCUGAGAGGAAAAUCGGGAAAGGGAUUGAAGCUUUUCAAGUCCGUUUUCAUCCUCAGUUUAAGAGCCGCUGUUUUUUCUUGACUAAGGAAGAUGGGUCGACCGAUGAUUUCAGCUUCAGAAAGUGUGUGGACCACAUUUUGCCUUUGCCUGAAAACAUGCAGAUAAAAAACGACACCAACAAGGCCUUGCGUGGGAAAGGAGGGAAAAGGAAAAAGUAAUUCUGUUUCAGUUUUGUGUUUUUCCUUCGAAAUUUUAUGUGGUUUUGUGUUCGACUUGGGAUCUUUUCGGUUUGGCCUUUGAAAAUUGUAAUCGAUGCAAGUUAGCACAUUAUUAAGAUUAGCUUUGUUAAAUUGUUAAAUUCUCUUGUCAUUUGUGGAGAAAAAAAAAAGAACAGAUGAUUAUGGUAAUUUAGUCAGAAAUAACUCUCCUGACUUUCUGGAUCAAACAUUACUGAUGUUUAGUCACCAAUUCUGAUGAGAUAAGUUGAGUUGAGUUGAGUUGAGUUGAGUUGAGUUGGGUUAUCGGAUUACUGGUGAUUUAGUCAUUAUGGUGAUUAAUCGAGUUAUCGAAUAUUCGCUUGAGAGGGUGGAG